AUGUGGAGCCGGCUAGCCGAAGGUCUCGCCGACAUUGUGGCGCCUGAGGAGGGCUAUGCGCAGCAGAUCGAAGACACUACGGACCCGGACUUGGUUCUCGCCCGCUCGGAUGCGUCAUCUCCAUUUGUAUAUUUAAAUGAGUCUGCGGCGUCGCCAGCUACUGUCAAAGCGGAGGAGGACGAGCAGGAGCAAUAUAUACGCGACCUGGAGCGAGCGUUAAUCCAACAGAAGAAACAAAACAGAGCGCUGGAGGAUAAAGUUAAGAAAAUAAAGAUAAAGAGUCGGCAGGCCGACGAAGAUAAAAAAGAAGCACAAUUUAUGCUACAAAGUGAAUCACGCGAUCAGGAAGUCGAGAUCGCACCUAGACAGCAGAUCAAUACUAAUGCUGCCCAAUAUGCAGAACAUGACGAUAUUCGGACGUUGCAGACAAAAGAGGAACGUGUGUCUCGGGUAAAAUAUGAUCGACUUGUGCAAGAAUUGCAGCAGUCCCAAACCGAGGUCAAUACCUUGACAACAAAGUGUCAAGAUCAGGAGAAGGAGCUGGCAUCGCUGCGUGAUCAAGUGGAAGUAUUGCGGGUGGCUAAUGAGACGUUGCAACAGGACGAACAAGAGAUUCGCGUUCGAGCAGCUGAGUAUGAACAAGGGUAUGUAAAUUUACUGGAAGAGAUUGAGAAGAUGAAGACAACAAACGAAGAGAAGAAGAUGACGCUGAUAUCGAAGAGCAAAGAUCACGAGAAAUCGAUCGACAGUCAACGGCUGUAUGAUCUGGAAGCUCAGCUAGCAACUGCAGAAGCUGAUAAGGCGCUUGCUCAACUAGAUGCGGAGCGAUUGCAACGUGAUUUGAACGCCCUCGAAGACGUCCUUCACCAAUUCCAGAUGGAUAAUAAAGCUUACAAGGCGCGUAUAAUUAUUUUAGAAGCAGAACUCGAGCAGGCAACAAGCACUUUGCAGUCGUGCCAGCCUCUUUCGAAGCCUUUUGAAGGAGAAUGCAACGACUUCGAGCGGCUGAUGGAGAAACUCGAGAAAAAGUCGCGGGAGUGUGAGCAACUGCGCGAGGCUCUCGAACGCACAGCGACGCAGUACACCUCCGAGCGUGGGAUGGUGGACCAAAGGCUUGCUGCUCAGUUAGUGGUGGCAUAUGUGGAUAGCGACAAGAAGGGCGACAUACUCCACCUAAUGGCGCGAAUCCUGGACUUUACAGAAGAUCAGAAACGCCGUGUUGGCGUGGGCUACCCAAUCGAAGGUAAUGGUGGCGGUGGAAUCUUUUCUUCGAUAAUCGGACUCGUAGCUCCUGGCGGUGAAAGCGCUUCUAUCGAUCCAUCUGCAAUUGAGGGCAAGAAAUUCACGGACUUGUGGUCUGAUUUCUUGCUUGACGAAUCGUCGAACAAAUCAUAG